GGGCCAUGCGAUAAGGAGUUGCAGAUAUCGGUCCUGUUCCAGGAACAAGAUCGAUGGAAAAUUCCACUUCUCUGGAAGAUGGUAUACCAGGAAGUUCUUCAGGAAAUACGUCAGGAAAACCACAUACUGUCGCUUCACCGCCAGGUCCAGCCGCCGUCGUCGAGACUCCAGCGCCGCCGAGUUGCAGCGCCGCCGCGCCGAGCGCCGGACGUCGCCUCCACUGCCGGCGUCCUUCCUCUCCGUCGAGCGCAGCGCCGCCAGUCGCCUCCAGCCGCCGUCGCCGAGCUUCCAGCUGUUGUUUCACCUUCGCCGGCCGUCCGCCGCCAGUCGCUGCCCAGCGCCGCCGACGACGGUUCACCUCGUCAUUCUACCGGACGUCGCCUCCACUGCCGGCGUCCUUCCCCGCCGUCGAUUGCAGCGCCGCCAGUCGCUGCUCACCGCCGUCGAGCUGCCGCUACGCCACUGUCACCGGCGUCCGUCACCGUCGCCGCAUCCAGCCGCUACCCCGAGUUGAUAUCGCCGGCAGAUUAACCUCCACGCCGGAUUGAUUGGUCGAUUUCGCACUUUGACUCGAUUUGACCCGUUCGGUUGAUUUCGUUGAUUUGUCUUCCGUUCGAGCUAUCGAUUCAAUUUCGACGUAAUCCAGGUCCGUACUAUGAAGUUAAUAGCAUUCAGAAUAGAUUUAAUGGUUUGACCGAAUGGUUAAAUCCAAGACUUUAAUGAAUUAGUUAAGUUAAUUAAUUAAUUCUAAUCGGUGAUUAAGGUCAAUUGGUUUAUUGUGUUGAACAUAGAAACUGGCCAUCGCUCGGGCGGCUGCAGGGCCUGGUCAGUGAGGUUAAGACGUGCGCACGAGGGUCUGCGAUCUUGGGUUUGAGGCCAUCGCCCGAGGGAUCCUACCUCCACCGAAUUGAGGCCAUCUUCGGUAUUACGGAUUGAGGCUAUCUCCGUCAUAGG